AUGUCGACUUUCAAUGGAAUUGUUGAAGAGUUCCCGGAGAUCAAGAUCGAUUACUUCCGCAAGAACCCUGAGAGACCAGCUCCGCUGGCCUGCUUCCUGAGCCAUGUCCAUAGUGAUCACCUACAGGGCCUGGAAUCCUUUCGGGCUCCCUUCAUUUAUUGCUCCCCUGCAACUCGAGAACUACUACUGCGCAUUGAAAAAUAUCCACAUCGCAUGAACUUCCAGAAAGGUAUCCUAGAGUCAAGGCGAUUGCACUACAAGCAUCUAGGCAAAAUUCUGCGCCCGAUCCCGUUAAACACACCCACCGAGAUUGAACUAACCCCGAGGAAGCAUGUUCGGGUCACUCUGUUCGAUGCAAAUCACUGCCCCGGGGCUGUAAUGUUCCUCAUCGAGGGGGCCGGGAAGGCCAUCCUCUAUACGGGGGACAUCCGAGCGGAACAAUGGUGGACCAAUGCUCUGGUGCGACAUCCAGUCCUCAUUCCAUAUACCCUGUCUCGGAAGCGACUGGACAAGGUGUACCUGGACACAACUUUUGCCGGUGCAUCUAACCCGCUGCGGGAAUUCCCAUCCAAGGCCGAGGGGCUCGCCGAGCUGCUUCGGAAAGUAGAGACCUAUCCAGAGGACACAGUCUUUUAUUUCCGCUCAUGGACAUUUGGCUACGAGGACAUAUGGCUAGCACUGUCUACCGCAUUGCAUACAAAGGUGAAACCCAUUCAUAUAUUCCGAGUUCCGAAAUUGGAACUAAUAAUUGGCCAGAUUCAUUUAGAUCCAUAUCAGAUGGGUCUUUAUCGGGCUCUCUUGAAUGCCCCCGGGGGCAUCAAUGAAGCCCCCGGGCUUUGCGGGUUUCGACUGGGCAAUAGACCUGUGGAAGGUUGCUUGAGUGAGAACGAAUCCAGCAGGAUUCACAGCUGUGAGCCGGGGGUAUCGUGCAAGGCUGCUCGGGACCCGAACACAAUUUACAUCACACCCAUCGUAAACCGUACUAUCGAUGGUAUAGAGAUUCCCGAGGUUGGGGCUGGUGGCGGUGGUGGCGAUUUGUACCAGGUCCAUGAGCUAGAGCUACCAGACGAGUCUGCUCUGGCGGGUUUGGAGAAGCUAUGUGCUCAGCAUAUACCUGACCAGGAGGUCCUAUCACAAACCCGUGAUGCACUUUUGAAAGCGUUUAGGUCAAGCAAGAAAGCCCUAUCUCUUGACCAAUACGGCGUUCAAGAUGAUGAAAUCUCUCUGGAGCAGCUAGUGACGAAGCUCAGUCGGGGCAAUGAUCAGGUCACGAAGCCCAAUCUGCCAAACACUAUUCGGUUUCCAUAUUCUCGACAUUCAUCGUACUCUGAGCUGUGUGCAUUAGUCGCUGCAUUCAGACCCAAGGAUAUUCAUCCCUGCACAGUAGACCCCUCCACCUGGUCCGAAACCGUCUCCAUCCGGAGUCUUUUUGGUCACCUAUGCUCUGGAGAAGAUUUCAUCCAUGAUGCUUAUAUGCGUGAGACACUCGGCUCGCAGUGCGAUGAGGAGCACCAUGCAAGAAAACGAGCCCGGUAUGAGGUAGCCUCAACUCAGUCGACACAAUCCAGCGAAGAUGAAGAAGAUGAAGAGCUUCCCUCUGGCAUGACCGGAACCCAUCAACCUGAAUCCUCAAUCCUGUGCACAAUUCCAGACAGAAUUCAAGGCAAAAAUGAGGAAAUCCGACGGGCACACCGCUACUUACUUGAACACGCCGACCCGAAAGUAUUGCAAAUUGGGCCUCUCCCUCCCUCGGUCCAAACAGUCAGAGAGGAGAAUAGCUUCAACACCAUCAACGACUUAGAGCCAGAAGCAAUAACUCCGCGUCAGCCCACAUACACAAGCUUCAACAAUGAUGGAGCUAAUUCCCCACUGCCGGACAACCAAUCGCCCUCUCAACUACAUGAAAGUCAACAAACUGAUAGCUUCACACUUCCAAUCUCCGAAUCCGCACUCGCCCCUUCUUCCCCCAUAGAUGCAGAGACUUCUCUACUUGCCGAAGACUCUUUUCCAAUCCAAGGAGAGCCAACCUCCGAAUCUAGAUCCGGACUAGGAGCAAGCGCCGGUCGACAACGAAUCAUGUCGCGCCUGCGUUCCCGUAUUUCGGCGUAUCUCGCAGCUCAAGAGGGGUCGUAUUCGGCGUGGGAGGAUCAUUCGCUCGUUUCAGCGGGAUCUAAUCAUGCUGAGGAGGAGCCGGAGUUGUGA